AUGACAAAAGUUACCGCAGAUGCCAUUCGAUCGGUGAUAAAUUGUUAUUUACUUCCACCAGUGGCCUUGUUAGGAUUGAUUGGUAACGUAUUGAGCCUGAUUAUUCUUGGUGGCAAGAAAAUGCGACAGUUCAUUAGUUCCAUAUCUUCGUUUCUUUCGGUUUUGAACUCAUCGGCUAAUUUUGUAGUUUACAUAGUGAUGAACAAAAAGUUUUCAGACAUCCUUUAUGCUGGCUAA